GCAAUACAAAGGAGACAGAGUGUGCAGGAUUCACAUCAGAACGAGACAGCCUAUAAUUACUACAGAUAAAAGUUAAUAAUGCUCCUCUUACUCUUUGUCACUGUUUGUGGAAGUAGCAUCGGCGUGGAGAGCGUUCCGUUGCCUGACUCUGGUCCACAUUUGGCAAAUGACUGGGGAGAAGCAGUCAGGCUCAGACAUCUGUACGCAGCCAGACACGGUCUACAUCUGCAAAUAAACCCAGACGGGGAAAUAAGCGGAUCGUACAUGCAAAGUUCGAACAGUUUGGUUGAGAUUCGACCGGUGGAUACAGGAUGUGUUGCCAUUAAAGGUGUUGCAAGCACCAGAUUCCUCUGCAUGGACAGAAUGGGAAAACUGUACGGAUCGCACACUUACACAAAGGAUGACUGCUCUUUUUUGGAACGCAUCAUGCCGGACGGCUACAACAUCUACAUCUCAAGCAAACACGGAGCCCUUGUGAAUUUGGGUGGCGCAAAAAGCAAGUUGAACAGUAACAACGGGAAUGCUGCAUCCCAGUUUCUGCCCAUGGUCAACACACUUUCUCAGGAACCUACCAACCACCUUUCAGGGGAGCAGCAUUUUUCUGUGGACCCUGAACAGGACCAUCAGUUGGGCCUUGAAAUAGACAGCAUGGACCCUUUUGGAAAGAUCUCCCAAAUUGUGAUCCAGAGUCCCAGUUUCAACAAAAGAUGAGGACUGAACAAUCCCCUGUGAAUGUUGAAAGGAAAUGACCCAGAGGUCAAGAAACAGAAGACGGUUUAAAAUCAGUUCUGCUUUGAACCAGAGCACAGGGCCAGACUUUUAGAAAAAGUCCAGUGAAAGCAACCUGCACACUGGACACAGUCACUGGACAAAUGUAGUGUUAUAGACUGGAAACAAAAUCACUCCAAAUGUUGAAGAUUGUUGUAAGAUCAACCAUAAUGGUUCAACUUGAAUGUAUUUAUUUUUCCAUGUGUCUAUGAUGACCUUGCUCUGUAAUUAUUGUUUAAAACUUUAGUUAAUACAGUAUAUACUAGCAUAAUCUAGAAUGCACUGUAAACACAUUUUGUUUACCUUUUUUAGUAUUUCAUGAAUAUAUAACUAUUUGUUCUUUCUGAAAGAGUACAUAAUGAUUAAAUAACUUUUGAAAUAAAGGAUAUGCUAAACGUG